GAUAAUCGGACGGGGAGAGCGUGUGUACCUACUCUUGCACACUUGAAUCCGGAACCCAGUAUCAUAAAUAAUUCCACAGAGAUAUGUUUAAGUCAGUUUUGAACUUGAUUCCAUUAAUAGUUUUGAUUCACUUGGUAAAUGGAUCGAAUAUUCUAGUGAUUUUCAGUUCCCCAAGUAGAAGUCACAAUGUAUUGGGCAUCAGACUAUCUGAGGGUCUACUCAAGCAAGGUCACCAUGUCACCUUCGUGAAUCCAUUUCCUUCUCCGCAGAUGGAGAAUUUAACAUCUAUUCAUAUGGAGUCUAUUAGUAAAUUCUUUGAAGAUUUGAUGUUGUCGAACAAAGAACUAGCAAAUAAUGGUGUCAUCGGUAAUUUCAGACGUAUGUCUGGAGCAUUAACAACACCGAAUGAACUUUUCUGGCAACAUCCGUUUGUUGAUAAAUUGAUCAAGGAAAAACCCAAAUUCGAUUUGCUCAUUACGUUGGCCUUCUUCAACGAUGCAAUACUAGGACUUGGUCAACAUUUAGGUGUGCCAACGGUAGUUUUCACCUGCAUUGGUCAUUUUACUAUCUGGAAUAAUUAUGUUGCGAAUCCCACCAUGGUGUACUCCAGAAAUCCUAUUGCCAAUGCACCCACAGAAUACUUCUGGGGAAGACUAGCUACUGUUGCAGCGAACCUGGUAAUGGGUAUAGCUAACGACUAUUUCAUAGCUCCAUUCAAUCAAGGUCUAUUGGAUAAGCAUCUUCCGCAUUCUCCUACUUUGAAGGAACUACAAAGAAACGUCUCUCUUGUUCUUGCGAACUCGCAUUACAGCGUUGAACCGGCCAGACCUUAUGUGCCAAACAUGAUUCAAGUAGGUGGCUACCACGUUCAAGAUGUGAAACCUUUACCUAAUGAUUUCGGAACUUUCAUGGACGAUGCUAAGCAUGGGGCAAUUCUUUUCAGCUUAGGAGGCAAUAUUAGAGUAGGAAUGUUAGACGAAGAAAAACGUGAUGCAAUAUUCAAAGUAUUAGCAGAGAUAUCACCGAUCAGAGUAAUAUUCAAAUCAGAAUUAGAACAUAAAAAUGUACCUAAAAAUGUAAUGGUCAGAAAUUGGGUGCCUCAAGCUGAUAUUCUGGCGCACCCAAAUACGAAGUUGUUCAUUUCACAUGGAGGCUGGGGAGGUCUCACAGAAAGUGUUUAUCAUGGUGUGCCGAUACUGGGUAUACCAUUCGUCGGUGAUCAGAUCGGGAACUUGAAUUUAGCCCACUCAGCAGGUUACGCAGAAGUCAUUCAACCUGGGGAUAUAAGUGAGGAAGUUUUCAGACAAAAGCUGAAGGAGUUGAUAACAAAUCCAAAAUAUUCACAAAACGUGAAGAGCAGGUCUUCACUGAUGAAAGAUCAGCCUGUGAAGCCAAUGGAAAAUGUAAUAUUCUGGAUUGAACACGUGAUCAAAUUUGGGAGCGGCAAGCAUUUGCAGAAUGCUGGAGUAUACUUAACUUGGUAUCAAUUGUACAUGAUUGAUAUCUAUAUUUUCUUCACAGUUGUUUUGAUAUUUUUGUUAUUAUCAAUUAUGUAUACCAUCAAGUUUACAAUGAAAUUCUUAACAAAACUUUCGGGUAAGAGUAAAGUAACAAGGAAAUCGAGAAAUAAAAGUAAAGUUAAAAAAUCUUGAACUACAAAUCACUGCAGUAUUUAUAUCAAUUUA